UAUUUCAAAACCAAAGUUGUUUUCCGUCAAACUGCUGUACUUUUUUCCUUUCUUUCUCUCUCUUGUUUAAAAUGUGAUGUUGUGUGUUGGGUUGAUGAUUCAUCUUUAGUUUUGAAAAUUUUCAAAUUUCAAUUUUUUUUAUCAAUUUUAUUUUUUAGUUCUAAAAUGAAUUUAAUCUUUAAUCGUGCCAUAAUUUCAUGGAGUUUCAUAUUAUUGACUUUUGUUUGUGUUACCUUUUCACUGAGUACGGAACCUCCAUCCAUUACCAAACAACCCAAGCAUCAACAGCUUUUCCAGGUGGCUUCUCCAGCAGAUGAGGCUGUUAAACCAUUUGCCCUUGAGUGUGAGGCCACUGGUAAUCCUGAACCUAAAUAUAGUUGGAUCAAAAAUGGUGUUAAGUUUGAUCCAGUGGCUUAUGAUAAAAGGAUAAGUCAAACUUCGAAACGAGGUAGUCUUACCUUUUCUCAGCCCGACAGUUUAGAUGAAGGGUUGUAUCAAUGUUUUGCUGAAAAUAUUCAUGGAACUGCAGUGUCUAAUGCAGUUUUUCUUCGUAAAUCAGAGUUAGCAUCUUUUCCGGAAACAGAUCCGGAGGUGAAAAAUGUUAUUGAAGGGGAACCUUUAACAAUUGACUGUAACCCACCUACAGGUUAUCCUAAACCAACCAUCUAUUGGAUGGUUCAAUCAAGAACCGGUGCUUUAUAUACCAUUAAUAGUUCACGUUUAACAGUAGAUCCUGAUGGUAAGUUACAUUUCUCCAAUGUUACACAAGAUGAUCAAUUACAUGACAAUGGUGCCUAUACAUGCAGUGCAACAUCACAUUUUCGUAGUGAAUAUAAAUUCGGUCGUAAAGUUUAUCUUAGAGUAACAUCCUCUGGCAGCUCUGGCCUUUCAAGCCAUCCACCAAAACUUCAGUAUACUUCUCCACCCAGUGUUACAGCCUUAAGAGGUCAAAAUCUAGAAUUACAUUGCAUUUAUGGAGGGACACCCUUACCAGAUGUAGUUUGGCGUAAAAAUAAUUCACCUCUUAGUGGUAACCGUUACAAUUUUAUAAAUCAUGGAAAAACACUUUCAAUUACAAAAGUGGAUUUUCAAGAUGAAGAUACUUACGUUUGUUCAGCAAGUAACGGAGUCGGACAGGUGAUGACUCAUUCAACUCGAGUGCAAGUAUUGGCAGCUCCCUAUUGGAAGAAAGUUCCAAACAAUACAGUUGCAGCUGAAGGUGAAACAGUCACAUUUUCAUGUGAAGCAAGUGGCAUACCUGAACCAAAGCUUCAGUGGCUAAUCAAUGGUAAACCAUUAGAUACGUCACCGGCCAAUAAUCGACGAAAGUUAAAGGGAACAACUUUAACUAUCGAAAAUCUCAUCAAAACAGAUACCGCCGUGUUCCAGUGUAACGCAUCAAAUAUUCAUGGUUAUGCGUUUAAAAAUUUCUACCUCAAUGUUCUAGCCCUUCCUCCGAGAAUCAUUGAAAAACCCGCCGAAGUUAUUAAAGCAGUAGCUACUCAUACAGCUAUCUUAAGAUGUCGAGUUUUUGGGGCUCCUAAGCCUGAGGUCCGAUGGUUACGUGAUGGCAUUGAGUUAACUGGAGGUGAUUAUGAUAUUUUGGACGAAGGAGACUUGAAAAUUAAAGAUCUCAAGUAUGACUAUGCUGGUAAAUAUGUGUGUCAUGCGGUCAAUAAGCUAGGAGAAGCUAAAGCUGAAGGCUUUCUAGAAGUAAAAUCUAAAACUGAGAUCAUCAAUCCACCAGAAGAUAUCGAAGUGGCUGCUGGUAAAGUUGCCGUUUUUCGUUGUGCUGCUCGUGCAGACUCCUCCCUAGACCUUCAAAUUGUUUGGUCAUUCGCUGGUCGUGACAUCGAUUUUGAACAAAAUCAACGAAUGGUAAAAUCUGCCGACAAUUCUUUAAGCAUUUUGAAAACAAGAGAACUUGAUUCGGGUGAAUACACUUGCACAGCUAAAACUGAGCUUGACUCGGUAUCUGCCAAAGCAACUUUAAUUGUUCAAGAUGUUCCUAAUGCACCUCAAAUUGUGGCUGUUGAAUGUGGUAAGUCAACUGCUAGAAUUGAAUGGAAACCAAUGGGAGACAAUAGAGCUCAAAUCCUUCAAUACAUCAUUCAGUACAAUACAAGUUUCACACCAAAUGUUUGGGAUGAUCACUAUAGUCACGUUCCAGCUCCAGAUACUAUUUUCCAAGUUUCAAUUUCUCCUUGGGCCAACUAUACGUUCCGAGUAAUUGCUGUUAACAAAAUUGGUAAAAGUAUUGCUUCAAAACAUUCAGAAAUGUGUACCACCGAAGAAGAUAUACCUCAUAAUAAUCCUAAAAAUGUCAAAGGAUGGGGUUCUGCACCUGACAAUAUGAUUAUUUCAUGGACUCCUAUGGAACAGAUUGAACAUAAUGCUCCUGGAUUUUAUUAUAAAGUUUAUUGGAAACGAGAAGAAUCAACUCUUGGCGGUUUCGAGUCAGUCAUAAUAAACGAUUGGAGACAGAGUAGUUUUAAGGUGAAUAAUACUCCUACAUAUAAGCCGUAUCGAAUAAAAGUUGAAGCACACAAUUCCCGAGGUCAAGCACACACAGUUGCACCAGAAGUUAUUGGAUACUCGGGAGAAGCUAAACCGUCCAAAAGACCUGAAAAUUUCCACUUUAUUCGAACCUAUGACUGGCAAACAGCUGAAUUUGCUUGGGACCCUGUUCCAGAAGAUAGUAUUAAUGGUCGCUUUGAAGGUUAUAAAAUAUUUAUUUGGAAUGAGCGUGAUGGUCUGGAAAAGAUGAGAGAAGUUAAAGUUAACUCAAAUGUAACUCGAGCCAAGAUCAACAUUCUCAAACCAAAUACUCUUAAUAAAGCCCAAGUCAUGGCUUUUAAUACUAUGUACUCUGGUCCUGGAUCUGAUAUUGUGUCAGUCAAAACUGAAGAAGGUCCACCUGGUCCUGUAACAAAUUUUGACGCCAUUCCAAUGGGUAAAAGUGCUCUUUAUCUUAUUUGGAAUCAACCAGAAGAGCUUAAUGGCGAACUGAAAGGUUAUAAAAUAUCAUAUCGAGAGGUUAUCGGAACAGAAUUAGGUGAUGUAAUCACAAGAGAUCCAAUAACAAAUUUAAUGUACCUUAAAUACAAAUUGGCGGGUUUAAAACCUGCAACCAAAUAUCGUAUCAGCAUCAGAGCUUUCACUAAUGGAGGUGAAGGUGAAGAAUAUUAUAUCGAAGAAAAUACAAUUGGAAAUGAAAGUUCAACCAUUCCUGAUGAGCCCGAUUUUGAUUAUAGAAUCGAAGAAAAGGAUGGGACCGCCGUCCGUGUCAUCUGGGUCCCACCAUUGCGCUCUGGAAAACCUGGCAGCUCCUUUUAUGUACAAUAUCGAAAAGAAGGUGAAGCAACUUAUAAAAGUACUCCUAAAGAAGUCGACAAGGAGUAUAUUUACCUGGAAGGAUUAGAUCCUAACUAUAAUUAUGAAGUUCGUGUUGUAUCCGUUGAUGGAGAACACCAAACAGCAAGUCGAGUGAAACCAAUUUCCCUCUCUGAUGAAGUACCAUUGGGUUUUAACAGCUAUGACAACCGUCUAAGUGAUGUUGACUGGCUCAUUGGUAUGCUUUGUGCAAUUGCCUUGGUCAUUGUUUUGACCGUUGUAGUAUGUAUUGUUAAACGUAACCGAGGCGCAAAAUACUCUGUCCAUGAAAAAGAAGCCAAAAAGGGUCGCGAAUUAGAUUAUGGCGAUCACGGUGGUUUCAACGAAUAUUCAAAACCGUCUAAUGCCCAUUUAGUUAGCCGAGCCUCUUUAAACAGCAGCUCCAAGCUGAACGAAGCUGAAGACACCGAUUCAAUGACUGAUUUCGGUGAAGACGAAAGCUCCAAGUUCGAGGAAGAAGGAUCUUUCAUCGGAAUUUACGGAGCUAAAUCAAAAACCUCACAAGUCCAAUCUCCAACUGGAGUGGCAACUUUUGUUUAGUUUUCAUGUUGAUAUUAGACUUUUUAUUUAUAAAGCUACUUAUGACUGGUCAAAACAUCACACUGCUUUUUCAUCAUAACACCUAUAUAGUUCAUCAGUUGACUGAUAGCUCAUCAACGAAGCUUGAAGUAAUAAUCAUGAAGAUAAUCAGAAGUGGUAACUUGUGCACAAAGUGCCUGAUUUUGAUUCCAAACGAAAAGAAAUUACGACAACAAACCAACAAACAACAAAACUUUGAUUUCCAUUGCCUAAUUAAUUAUCAUUUUAUACUUUCGGCAUGAUUCAUUAAAGUCUAAUUACUAAUCAACAGUUAUCAUUAAUAGCCUUAUUAGCUUAAUAUUUCAUAUCAAUCAUGAUUUCUCACUUUCUAAUCUCAUUUGGAUUCUUAUUAUUUAUUUUCAUUUUGUUAUCGUUCGUUUAGGACAAAAAAAUACCAAAAGACUUCAAAAAGCAAGUUAAUAACUUUUUUCUUUUUCCUUUUUCUUUUGUGUUCUCCCCUCUUCAUAACAAUUGUAAUUCAUUGGGGUUAAUUGCAUUUUGCAAACCAAAAUGUCACAAAAUAUUCACAAUUAACUGAUUUUCAACAUUCCAAUAAGCAAAGUCAUCAUCAGAGGAUCUUCUGUUUUUUUGUGUUCAUCGACCAAAAAUUUAAUACAACUGCAAAGACAAGCAAAACUUAUAUUAUGCUGAUUUUGACUACAAAAAUGAAAAAAUGUCGACUUUGAUCAACUAUGUACGAUGUAUAUUAUGCACAGACUAUAAUCAAAUUUGAACCUUUCCCGUUCAAUGUAUGUAAUUUAAAUUGAAUCUCAUGAAA